GACAGCUUCCGUUGCAUCGCGCAGCCAUGUUUAUCUUUACAAUCUACAUGGCGCGUCCCUCCUAUAGGGUCUCUAGUACGUUCUGAAUACUUGCGCAGCCAGUGGCAAAAAAGAGAACUAUGAUCUGGGUCAAGAAAUGACUACCACAUAAAAUGUGAAGAAUUCUAUAUUGUUCCAACUCCUGGUAUCUAUCCUCCGUGCGCGGAUCAACAGUAGAAGCAAAUUGUAAACCAGCUGAUUUGAGAGUCUUUUAGCAUCUCUGUUAUUAUUUUGGCACAGAUAGAUUUCCAAAUACUCAGCAUUUCAACAUUGCAAAACAUUUAGAUACAAUAUGACGUCGGUAGAUUCUGGCGUUGAGACUGGAAACGAUUCAAAUGAUAGUUUAAUUGUACAACAUGAGGUCCUUGGUAGCCAGAUCACUUGUAAUACUUCUACAGCCGUUACGAGUAUAAUUAGCAAUCAAAAUCAAGGACAAGAAUACGAACAGAAUAUUACUCGAUUAAGUAACCCAUCUUGGCCAAUGGAUCUGAAUUUACCUAUAACUCCAUUUUAUUCAGCAAUUCCAAAUUGUAAUUAUAAUUGUAUUAAUAUAAGUCCAAAUUCAGGUGCUAGUACAUCGGGAGAACUCGUUGUAUAUCCCUCACAGGGAUUUUGUGCUCCCCCCUCAAGUAAAUUUUUUUCUGCAACAAGAGAUGUCAAAAGUAUCAAAAUUAUACCAAGAAAGAUGAGAUCUCUACAUUAUUUCCGUACUGAUCCUUUUGGUUGGAAAGACUUUCGAGAGAAAUUUAUGGAACGUAAAAUGCGACUUGCUGCAUACACAAACAAUGUUGAAUUAAUGAAAAGAGUGUUAAUGGCUGGUGUUUCACCAGAUAAUCGUGAUGAACAAGGACGUACACCUCUUCACUUAGCCUCAUGCAGAGGCUUUGAACAAAUAGUAAGUUUAUUGUUGGAACAUGGUGCAGAUCCUAAUAAACGUGACAUCGUAGGUAAUACUCCACUUCAUUUAGCAGCAGUUGCAAGUAAUAUAUCAGUAGUGACCUUGCUUUUAAAGGCAGGAACAAAUGUACACUCAUUAGAUAAGUAUGGUUGUAGUCCGUUACGAAUAGCGCAGAAAAAAUUAAGAAUGAUGCAAGAUUAUAGUAAACCUCUUCGAGAAGAUAUGGUUAAGAUUAAAGAAGAAGUACAUAAUAUAAUUAAUAUGUUAAUGGCAUAUGUACAAAAACAGAAAGAUAUGGCUGAUCAAGUUGAAGCACUUAGUGGCUUUUGCUCUCGUCUUUCGCUAUCAAAUACAUCUGAUCAAGUACAGGAUGGUGUUAAAGAUUUACUGGCUAAUAUAGAUUCUCUUAACAUUACAAAUUAACUACUUGUAUUAAUAUACUAUGAAUUUUAUCCCUCAUAUGUUAUACAUAGUAUAUCAAUACAGUAGAAAUACUAAACAUUUUAUAAACAAAAUAAGUUAUGAGAAAACAAUAGCUAUAGUUGUUUGCUAUGUUUAGUAUAUCGAAAAACUCAUCUUAUUUUUUUUUUCUUUCUCCAUUAUAAUCUUCAUUUUAAUCCUUGUAAUUUUAAAGUCCUGGUCUGUCAAUUAUGAGAAAUUUCAAUUAUAAAUAACUUAUUACAUCUUUAACAUUCAUAUUUUAAUUCUCUAUUGCUUCAUUGUUGUAAAAAUAAAAAUUGGAGGAUUUUGUAGAUGUUAUACGAUCAAUAGAGAAUUCUUUUAUAAACAAUCCGAUCGAAAAUAUUUAUUUUUUUUUUUUUAUAAUUUAUACUUGUU